CUAACUCAAAAACCAAAGUCAAUUCCACCACGACCUCUCAAAAUGGGAGACCCUAACAUCGACGACACGGAUCCAAUUGUCGCGAGCUACGAUGUCUAUAUCAAGCCAAAAAGCAACAUCAAUCGCGAUAUUUAUGUCCUUCAAUUCCCCAAUCGCGGAGUGGACCUACCUUACUCAAGCGCCAAUGAAUGCCAGCCCAUGAAGUUUAGAACCAAGCCCAAGACUGGUAUGGUCGAGAUCGAUGUGCCAAUAGAUGCCUUCAACAAUUACGAUAGAUCGAAGGGCAUGAAUUUUGGCGCGGCUUUGAGAACCAGCGCUGCGAGUAAAGGCCAUGGAAGUCAUGGAUUGCCUGGCGGCUUUGGCAUUGGGGGUACGCAGGCUAGAGGCAGGAAGACGAAAGGAGAAGAAGAGGAUAUUUCAGACAUGACUUCAACAGAAUUUGUCAGUGCUGUCAGGGAAGGGAAGGUAUUGGCAAAGCAGACUUUGGGUGGUCAAAUGGUUACUAGCGAUGGCACAAAUCCGCAAUAUAUGGUCGGGACCUUUCGCAAAAGUAAUACGGGCCACUUAUUCAUAGCUGUGCACUUGCUAAAAUUCACUUCUAGAUCAACUCCAUCUUACUCCCGUCAAACACAUCGUUCAACUGCGCCCACAAUUCCACCACGUCGAUGCCCAAGCCGAACAAAAGAAAGCCUCAGCACAUGGCUCAACUUCCACUGCUGUACCUCCUCAAGCCCGGGCCAUCACUAUGACGGUCAAAUCCAAUGUUGAUGGCGAGAAUGAUAAAAUUGAUACCAUGGCGUCAAGAAUUUCGAGUACCCAACAGGAACCUUGGAUUCAGUAUAGAUACGUGGAUGAAGCUGAAGAUGAGGCUUGGGCGGUAUUUCAAGAGAACUUUUUUGUGGGCCCGAAUGACGAUUUGACUAACGAGGAAUUGCUGAAUGACAUGCCCAAACUGAAAUCAAGUCUGGACAACGAGGAAUAUCUGGAUGUCAUCAGUGCCCCUACUGACGAAGCAAGAUUGUCAAAAAGUAAAAGAUCCAAGAAGGGAAAACGGGAUUUGAAGGGAAAGGGUAAGGAGGGAGACGUGAAGGAAGAGGAUGAUUGGAGCGAUCUAUCAGAUGGGGAAGUUCAUCCAGCAGUACCUGAUGCUAUGGAGGUUGAUUCGUAACAUUUCGUCCAAAAUCUAGUUCUAUUUGGAACUUAUACAUUACGGCCGGGUUGUGGCUUUUUUUUUGUUUACGGAUUGAUACCCUGGGUUAGAGCGAUGCCCAAAAGAAUAAAAUCAUCUUUUUCAUCAAACAAUCUUGACUUGAAUUAUGUGAACAAGCCUUUUCUCACUUCUACUCGUAUAUGAGUAGGUAGAUCAAAAGGUGAAGACACCACUGCCCACUUUUUGAUAUCGGAGAUAUGAUUGUGGCUCUUAACCCCGAGAUACCCCGAUAACAUGGACGAUUAGACCCGUCAUCGAGGGAAGCUUUGGGAGGUUGAUUCUCAAUCACCAAAACCCCAAAUCCUUCCAACUAAUUCCUACUAAUUCCUACUAGCUCCCACACUUGAGGGAGCCGGCCAAAAUGUCAUACGUUACAACUCUGCAUCGGCCUAGCAGUGUGCGCCAUGCGAUCAAGUUGAACCUCCUCAGUCCGGAUGAGGAAUGCCUAGUCCUGGCGUAAGCUCAAGCAACCCCGCCUCCAAACACAAGAAUUACUUUCUAACAAGCAUUGAAGCAAGGCAAACCGAGUGGAAAUAUGGGUGCCAACAGAAGAUGGAUUGGUUAUGCUCCAUUCCAAAGCCAUCCAUGGCCGCGUCUCCAUGUUCGCAAAGAUUCGACCCCCAGGCGCCAAAACCGAUCACCUCUUCAUUGGCACGAUUCGAUUCAUAUACUUUACGGUGGCCUGGAACCCCGAAACUCGGCAGCUGGAUACGAUGCAGAAGUUUACGGAUAUGACGGAAAAGUUCAUACAAGAGUCGAAUACCCAAGAUCGAUGUUUGGUGGAUCCGACAGGGAAAUAUUUCAUACUAGAGCUCUUCCAAGGCAUUAUGAAUCUGGGAAAGGUCAAACAGAGGAUGAGGAAAGGCGGUUCGGAAGAUUAUCUGGAGGCUACGGAGCAGUUGAGGAUAACAGAGCUCAAGAUUCGAUCUACGGCCUUUUUAUACACUGAGGAAGAUAGACCGAAAGUCGCAUUUUUAUACGAAGAAGGAAAGGGAACAGUGAAAUUGGCGACGUAUAGGAUUAUUGACGAAAAGUCACAGUAUUCCAAGUUCGAUCCAUCGAAGCAUCGUGAGAAUGAAAUAGACCAAUUGGAGUUGGGCGCAACCUUUUUAAUACCCGUGCCAAAGGGAGAAGUGGAGCAAAGGAGAUAUGUUUCCAGAAAUACGAAUACUGCCAAGGCAUACGUUGGAGGCGUUAUGGUUGUUGGAGAGACGAGAAUCGUUUACUUGGAUGACGAGAGUAAGGCUGUUCUGACAUUUCCUCUGCAGGAGGCGACCAUAUUUGUUGCUUGGGAUCGUUACGAUGAUAUGACUUACCUCUUAGCGGACGACUAUGGUAUGCUUCAUGUUUUGCGGAUAUAUGCGGAACAAGCUGUGAUCCAGAACAUUACCGUGCGAAAACUGGGGAAAGUGGCAACUGCUACUCAGUUGGUGUAUCUGGGAAAUGGAUAUCUCUUUAUUGCCUCCCAUGUCGGAGAUUCUCAGCUUGUUUCCAUCGACUUGGAGGGAGACGUUGCCGAACCUAUAAAGAUUCAUCAAACCAUGGCAAAUAUUGCCCCUAUCCUGGAUUUCGCUGUUAUGGACUUGGGAAGCCGAGAAGGAGAGGGCCGACCAAAUGAAUAUGCUUCUGGGCAGGCGAGACUUGUCACUUGCAGUGGGGCACAUGGAGAUGGAAGUCUGCGGAGUGUACGAAGCGGUGUUGGCCUAGAGGACGUGGGAAUUCUCGCGGACAUGCAGGGCAUCCGAGACGUGUACACAUUAAAAUCCAGCCAGGACUCGCCGACUGACGAUGUUUUGGUGGUGUCUUUUGACACGGAAUCGAGAGUCUUUGCGUUUGAUGGAGAGGGAAGUAUCGAAGAACUGAGUACCUUCAGAGGCCUAGCCAUGGAUCAGCACAUUCUUCUUGCGAUGAAUCUGCCGAAUGGAUCAAUAUUGCAAGUAACCCCGAAAUCAGUCGUGAUACUCGCUCUGGGGCCCUCGUCCCCCGCUGCUCAAUGGGACGUUCCAAAAGGGCAGGUAAUUACAGCAGCUUCGGCAAAUCAGUCUCAACUCCUACUCUCGUCAAACGGAACGACUUUGGUUUCUUUAGAUAUACAGGACGGCCUACGGGAAGUGGCAGUAGAACCGUUGAGCAACGAUGAUCAAAUUGCAUGCAUGUUUGUGUCCAAGGAAAUACCAAAUAUUGGUCUUGUCGGUUUCUGGAAAUCGGGUUCCCUCUCAAUCUUGACACUCAAUAAUCUCAAGCUCGUUCAUUCCGAAGAUCUGAGGAGAUCAAACAACGCAUCUAUCCCGCGGGAUAUCGUCCUUACUCAGGUGCUACCUACGGAUCGAUUCGGUCCAAGCUUGUUUGUGGCAAUGGAGGAUGGGAUCGUACUAACUUUUAAUGUCGACAGAACGAACCUUGCGCUUUCUGGAAGAAAGAGCAUUGUGCUCGGAACUCAGCAGGCACGAUUCCAGAUUUUACCCGGAGAAGGUGGUCUGUUCAACAUUUUUGCUAUGUGCGAACACCCAAGUCUGAUUUACGGAUCAGAAGGAACUAUAGUCUACUCUGCCGUGACAGCCGACGAUGCAGUUUGCGUCUGCUCCUUCAACAACCAGAUCUACCCUGGCUCUAUCGUUGUUGCUACAGCCGAAAAUCUCAAGAUAUCUGUGAUCGACACAGAGCGGCGGACUCAUGUACAAACAUUACCAAUGGAGAAAACAGUAAGGAGGAUAGCCUACUCUCCAAAUGAACGAGCUUUUGGUAUCGGCUGCGUCCAGCGAGAUUUGAGAAAGGGGGAGGAAUACUUCAAGAGUAAUUUCUCCCUGGUGGAAGAGGUCCUCUUGGGAGAGAUGGGAAAGCCAUUCCCGCUCGGCGUAGGUCUAAAGCUGCCAGAGCUCGUGGAAUGUGUAAUACGUGCGAUGCUGCCUACUGAGCAUGGUAAACGGGUACCAGUCGAACGAUUCAUUGUUGGAACCAGUUUUCUCGAUGAUGAGGAGAAGCCUUGGCAUCCCCGAGACCAUCCCAAGGGCAGAAUACUUAUAUUUGGAGUUGAUCAAGACAAAAACCCUUUCUUAGUGCACGCUCACAAUCUUAAUGGUGCCUGCAGAAAAGUCGACAUAAUGGACGGCAAGAUUGUAGCUGCUCUUGUGAAAACGGUCGUCAUUUAUGACUACCAUGAAAGCACGGCAGUAUCAGCGGAGCUCGAAAAGCUAGCUACGUAUAGAACCUCGACUCUGCCCGUUGACCUGGAAGUCACGGACAAUACUAUUGCAGUGGCAGACAUGAUGAAGUCUGUUUCCAUACUGGAAUACAUACCCGGCGAAGAUGGAAUUGUGGGCCAACUCAAAGAACUCGCUCGACAUCACGAAGCCUGCUGGUCUACAGGUGUCUCCAGAAUCGCGGAAAAUAUCUACCUGGAAACCGAUCAAGAAGGGAACCUGAUCAUUCUCAAUCAUGAUCCAAAUGCGAUUGAAGAACAGCAAAAAUCAAGUCUCAAGGUAAUUGGUGGUAUGAACCUAGGCGAGAUGGUGAACAAAAUCCAACGAAUAUCCCUCAACGUUACUUCGGAAGCUGUCGUUGCCCCCAAAGCAUUCCUCGCUACUGUAAGUCCUAUCCCCCAUCUUAUCCUUCCGCCGCUAACGUAACACAGACCGAGGGAUCGAUAUACCUUCUCUCCAUGAUUGCACCCAAACACUUUACCAAUCUCUGGAAUUUGCAAGUGGCUAUGAAUGAACAUGUCGAAACUCUUGGUGCUAUCGAAUUCCACUCGUAUCGCGCAUUCAAGAGUGCGGUUAGGGAAGACGACGCCCCGUAUCGAUUUAUUGAUGGCGAGUUUUUGGAGCGGUUCUUGGAUCUUGAUGAGCAACAACAGGAUGGGAUUUGCAAUUCCAUUGAGAUGAAGUCGGAGGAUGUCAGGGGACUUGUUGAGGGGCUGAGGAGGUUACAUUGAUUGUUCAGAUGGGCAAUGUAUUGGUCAGAUGGAAGGGUAGUGAUUGAUUACUGCUUGCGCUCAUGCUCAUAAGAUCUGGUCAAAGGACCGAUGUUUGUGCAUAGAGCGGCAUAUAUGGAGUCUACACUGGAGAGGAUGUACUAGUUUUUACGUAUUCCACAGGAAUGAAUGCAGAAACCACGAUCAAGUGUUCAC